AUGGAACUGCAGCAGAUACCAGGAAUAGAGGAACUUAAUAUCGCAGAAGGUGAGGAAAAACGUAAUGAAAAUUCUCAUGAACAGGACCAGCUGAAGUCCACGUUGGAUGAGAUGUCUCCAGAACUGAGCGCUCUGUUGAAGUCAGCCCGGGAACAGCAGACCUUCAGAGAUCACAACCUGCUCCAGACCUCAGAGAAAGUGGAAACAGUCUUUUUGAUGGAUUCACGUAACCAGGACCAGACAGUGGCAGGCCAGCCCCAGGUGAUGAGGACAACUAUCACCUAUGAAGCUCCUGGGACUCGGCUGCACUCAGAAUGUCCUGAGGCGGUGCUGUUGAGCUCCCAGACCUUCACUGCAGAGACCUCCUCAACCAGCACCACCACACGCAUCACCAAG